AUGGAGAUGACUCGAGACACCGCUUCUGCGUCGCUUUCGCACCUCGCCAACUACCCAAACCUCUUCGUCGGCCCGCACAGCUCGCACAGUUGUUUCGCCGAGUGUCUCAACUGCGCGCUCGUGAAAGAGUACACAAUCCACGACCCGGUGACCAAUGCUCACCUCUUCACCGCCGAAGAGGAGGCGAACUGGCUUGGCCUCAACUGCUGCAGCCACUUGCGCUCCUUCAACAUGUCCGUUAGGACGACCGACGGCGAGCUGUGCCGGUUCGAGAGGCCGUGGCACUGCGAGGGGGGUGGGUGCUACUGCUGCUGUUGCGGCGACUUCUUCUACCAAGUCCUCCGCGUGUACGGUGGCCAAGAUUCGGAGAGGCCCGGUGAGCUGUUGGGCCAGGUCGAGGAGCAGUACGCCUACUGCGUGUCCCCCACCUUCAAGGUGAUGAGAGCCGACGACUCGGUGGCCUUCACCAUUGUGAAGGACCAGGCUUAUACACUUCAGAUGGAGAUCUACGAGGGCAGCAAGAGACGUAGAGAUGAGCCUGUGGGCUCCAUCGCGAAGCUCCGGGGGGGCGAUCUCGCCAAGGGGCUCCACAUGUCCGCCGCUCCGCUAGCGGUCAACUUCCCACCGACGGCCGAUAGUUCCGAUCGGGCCCUCCUGCUGGGCGCCGCCUUCCUUCUGGACUUCGUGGUUCUCCAACACGGUCUGCGGGGCUGA